ACCUACCUAACUACCCCUUCUCUCUCAUUCCCCUCAACAAAGUUCGUCUAUAGUCAUCCUUACAUACGAGCAUUGACACCGGAAAACCACAAGAUCCACCGUACUCUGUCAGUGAUCUCAUCUCUCUCCUCUACAUCAGCGUCCGUAAAACCGAACCGAACCCAUUCCUCACCGAACCCAUUCCUCACCUCUCUCCAACUUCAACCCCCUCUCCCACAAAACCUCCCCCAAAUUUCCACUCACCUACUAAACUUCCUGAUCUACCUUCAAUCACCUCACCCCAAUCCCAUCCAUAACCCCCAAUUGACACUCCAAAUCAAUCUGGAGCAGCUGAAAACCAUCGGCCGGGAGCUCGCACUGGGCUCCCAUGGCAGCAACUUCAGCCAGUCCAAAGAGUUCCUCGAUCUCGUCAAAUCAAUCGGCGAAGCCCGAUCCAAAUCCGAAGAAGACCGCAUCGUCAUUCGCGAGAUCGAAACCCUAAAACGCCGAAUCAACGAUCCCGACACCCCCAAACGCAAGAUGAAAGAGUACAUCAUCCGCCUCGUCUACAUCGAGAUGCUCGGCCACGAUGCAUCCUUCGGUUACAUUCACGCGGUUAAAAUGACCCAUGAUGACUCACUCUUUUUGAAACGAACUGGGUAUUUGGCGGUUACUCUGUUUUUGAACGAGGAUCAUGAUUUGAUUAUUCUGAUUGUCAAUACGAUUCAGAAGGAUUUGAAAUCGGAUAAUUAUUUGGUGGUCUGUGCUGCCUUGAAUGCCUGUUGUAAGUUGAUUAAUGAGGAGACCAUACCGGCGGUGGUUCAGCAGGUGGUGGACUUGUUGGGGCAUGCCAAAGAGGCCGUUCGGAAGAAGGCGGUUAUGGUGUUGCAUAGGUUUUUUCAGAAGUCUCCGGGUUCGGUUAAUCAUCUCGUGUCGAAUUUUCAAAAGAGACUUUCUGAUAAUGACCCUGGUGUCAUGGGUGCUACACUUUUCCCUUUAUAUGAUCUUAUCACGAUAGAUGUAAAUCCUUACAAGGAUUUAGUUGCAAGUUUUGUCAACAUUCUUAAACAAGUUGCUGAGCGCAGAUUGCCAAAAACUUAUGACUAUCAUCAGACACCUGCCCCUUUUAUACAGAUUAAGUUGCUAAAAAUCCUGGCAUUACUCGGUAGUGGUGACAAAAAGUCCAGUGAGCAAAUGUAUACGGUCAUCGGGGACAUAAUGAGGAAAAGCGACACAGCUAGUAACAUAGGUAACGCCAUUCUUUACGAAUGCAUAUGUUGCAUCUCUUCUAUACAACCGAGUCCCAAGCUAUUGGAAACCGCUGCUGACGCAAUCGCUAAUUUUCUCAAGAGUGACAGUCAUAAUUUGAAGUAUAUGGGCAUCGAUGCACUCGGUAGAUUAAUACAAAUAAGUCCCGAUAUUGCUGAACAACACCAACUUGCUGUAAUCGAUUGCUUAGAGGACCCUGAUGACACUCUAAAGAGGAAAACCUUUGAGCUGCUAUAUAAAAUGACGAAGUCGUCCAAUGUGGAAGUAAUAGUAGACCGUAUGAUUGAUUACAUGAUUAGCAUUAAUGAUAAUCAUUACAAAACUGAAACGGCAUCGAGAUGUGUGGAGCUUGCCGAACAAUUUGCUCCCAGUAACCAUUGGUUUAUCCAGACGAUGAACAAAGUUUUCCAGCAUGCUGGGGAUUUAGUGAACCCUAAAGUCGCACAUAACUUGAUGCGAUUGAUUGCUGAAGGAUUUGGAGAGGAUGAUGAUACUGCAGAUAGUCAGCUGAGAAUGUCCGCUGUAGAAUCUUACCUGAAAAUAGUUGAUGAGCCAAAACUUCCAUCUGCAUUUCUCCAGGUCAUAUGUUGGGUGUUGGGUGAAUAUGGAACGGCAGAUGGUAAAUAUUCUGCUUCCUACAUCAGUGGUAAGCUAUGUGACGUGGCAGAAGCACACUCGAGUGAUGAUACAGUUAAGGCGUAUGCAGUGACAGCACUUAUGAAAGUAUAUUGUUUCGAGAAAGCCGCUGGACGAAAAACAAGUCUGUUACCAGAGUGCCAGUCGUUGCUUGAGGAAUUAUCAGCGUCUCAUUCGGCGGAUCUCCAACAACGGGCAUACGAAUUCCGGGCAAUCCUUGAUCUUGACGCAAACGCCAUAGAGAACAUAAUGCCACUAGAUGCAAGCUGUGAGGACAUCGAGAUCGAUACAAGCCUAUCGUUUCUUGAUAAUUACGUCCAGAAGGCAAUAGAGCAGGGGGCUGAACCCUAUAUUACGGAAAACGAACGUUCCGGAACUUUAAAUAUCAGUAAAAUCAGAAACCAUAACGCGUAUGAAAAUUCAACUCAUUCUCUUAGGUUUGAGGCGUACGAGGUUCCAAAACCCGUGGUCCCCACUAAAAUACCCUCGACGGUUACGUAUCCAACGGACUUAGUACCUGUAACUGCAACUGUAUCUGAGCCUUCUUAUCAACCGUCGGUUCAACCUACCUGGCCUUUAGUACCUGUUUCCGAUGCGGGCUCAGCCUUGGGCUCGACGGAACUCAAGUUACGGCUUGAUGGGGUUCAAAAGAAGUGGGGUAAGCCCACUUACUCAUCAGGUGCAUCCUCAUCGUCUACCUCGAACUUCGAGUUGGAUAGGACUACGGUUAAUGGUGCUACGAAACCCGAUACAGCGAUAUCGAAACCACGUGAACCAAGGCAGUCACAUGCUGAGGUUUCGGAAGAGAAGCAGAAACUGGCAGCUUCUUUAUUUGGGGGUAGGACUUCAAGGUCUGAAAAGAAGCAAUCUGGUAAGGUUUCGAGAACAACUAAUCACGGAGAAGAUAAAGUGCAGUCUGCAACCGUAACCGUACCCGUAACCACAGCGGUUCAAGCUCAACCGCAUCCACCUGACUUGCUUGAUCUGGGUGAACCGGUUGGUGAUACAAGUAGCUAUUCAUCAACUGUGGAUCCGUUUAAACAACUGGAAGGUCUUCUUGAUUUGAGUCAAGACUUUAAUGCUACUGCUGCUGGUACCUCUAAUGGUCCGGAUCUUAUGUCUCUAUACUCAGACACUGAUACAAAUGGGAACCCGAAUCAGAAUCUGAAUCCCGUGAAUGGUUCAGUGAACCCAAGCAAGAAACCGGCGUUGUUGACCAAGGGCCCGAGCCUGAAAGAUGCGUUGGACAAAGAUGCACUCGUUAGGCAAAUGGGGGUGAACCCAACGGGCCAAAAUCCAAACUUAUUUAGUGAUUUGCUUGGUUAAUCAGUUGUUAUUACUGCUAAUAUCACAACCUGGAUUUCUACAUGGAAGCUUUAUAUUACAAGAUCGAAACCGAUUUAAAGGAGGAGCAUGUGUGAUUGGGCCGGGCUGUUCGUGUUGAGGUGGGUCCCAGGUAAAGAUUUGUAUUCGAGUGUUAUACCAUCUUGUACUAUUAGGAUUUGCCUGUUUUUGUUUUAAUUGCUGGGAGAGGAGUUAUUGUAUUUUAAGGAAGAGAUUGUUCUUGUUGCUUCAUAUGCAGUAAAAAUACAGUGUACAUUUGUCUUUACUCUUCACGUACUCACCAUGUUCGUUUUUCUCGAUAAUAAAGUGGUCUGUGAUUCUGAA